ACAAUUACAAUUAUGUCUGGUGUAGCAGAAUUUAAACAUUUGUUCCCUAUUGACAGUGUACAGAGGGUUUGUGAUUUAUUUAAUGAACAACUACGCAGCGAAAAAGAGCCUGAUUUGGCUUUGUUUUCUAUAAUUAUUGGAGCAGUUGAAAAUAACUUAACUAAUGUAAAAAACAACGAUAAAGAUGUAAAUUUAUCAACGAACAAGUUUGUCAAAAUGAAAUUUCCAUGUGUUGAAUGGGAAGAGGUGAAGUCUCUUCACGAUAAAUUCGUGUCUUUGAUGAAAGGAGGAGUGGAUGCCAAAUUGCUGAAUGGAGAGCACGCAACACGCGAUCUCGUCAAAAGAGUUGCAGACGUCGUCUGGAACUCGCUCACUCGAAGUUAUUAUAAAGAUAGAGCCCAUUUACAAUCUAUCUACAGUUUCUUGACUGGUAAUAAAUUGGAUUGUUUUGGUGUCGCUUUCGCUGUUACUGCGGGUUGUCAAGUUUUGGGGAAACGUGAUGUUCAUCUAGCUUUGUCUGAAGAUCAUGCUUGGGUAGUUUUCGGUAAGGAUGGAUCAGAUACUGCUGAGGUGACAUGGCAUGGCAAAGGUAAUGAGGACAAAAGAGGGAGAUCAGUAGGUGAUGGUGUUUCAGCUCGUUCAUGGUUAUAUGUGGCUGGUAAACCUGUAGUGUGUACUCGUAUUAUGGAACUGGCAGCAUUGGUGUCUUCUAUUAACCCCACACUGACACCUACCAUUGAUGUACAUGAGGUGGCUCUAAUGCAAUACACACUACUAUGGUUGCUGUAUGAUAAAGGACAGUUAGACGCAUAUCCAAUGGCACUUGGAAACCUUGGUGACUUAGUAGAGUAUAUGAAAAUAUCUAAUAGUAAAGAAGAUACAAGUGAUUCAUCAGUGUCAGAUAUUAGUUACAUACAUUCAAAUAAUGGAACACCAAGGCCAGACUCAGCUGCAUUAUAUGUUCAAGCUAUAAGAUCAUCCCGUACACAUUAUGAAGACAGGCAUGUUUAUCCAUACACAUUUCAAGGUGGUUAUUACCAUCGUCAAAAAAUGUAUAAAGAAGCAUUCCAUGCUUGGGCCUGUGCUGGUGAUGUUAUUCGACAUUAUAACUAUUCCCGUGAUGAUGAAGAGAUAUAUAAAGAAUUCUCAGAAAUCGCCAAUGAGAUAAUACCUCAACUGAUGAAGGCAGAAAGUUCUGGACACUCUGCAAGAUCCAUUUUAAAAGAUCCAGAGUGUUUCGCUUCAUUACUUAGAUUUUAUGACGGCAUUUGUAAAUGGGAGGAAGGCAGUCAGACGCCAAUUCUCCAUAUCGGAUGGGCUAAGCCUCUCGUCAGCACGAUAUCUAAAUUUGAUGCAGAAGUUCGAGCACAGGUCCAUAUUAUAUGUAAUCCUGAUACAGAUGAACAAAGUGAUAAAUCAAAAGGUUCCUCUGUCAAAGAAGAAAGACCUAAUGAAAAUGACAAGUGGAACAAUAAUUCUGAAAAUAUUGAGAUGACUGUGCGUGAACAACUAACAGCAGCUGUUAACAGUAGACCUCGAGUUACACUUUAUAGCCACAAAAUGGCGGCACUAAAGCCUCUGUUGUUAGCUGAGAGGCUAAAUACCCAUGCACUGCAGCUUCAAUUAACAGCUCAGAGCCAACUACAACGUCCACAAGCUCCAACAAAGAGGCGAGAUGAUGACGAACCCAGUCCAUGCACACCAACGCCUCGUGCUAAACGAGCACGCCGAGAGCGUUGAUGUACGUCUGUAAAAUAAAUAUCAGGUUUAGUUAAACUAAAUACGCUUUCUAGGGCUGUAAUCAAAUUCAGCUACCUUAAUUUGAACUUGUGAUGUACUGUAUAUAUAUAUAUAUGUUAAGUUUUUAAUUUUAGAAUUAAUGUAUAUUUGGUCUAUUGCGGUGGUGCAGUUAAUUGUAGGUCUUUGGCGUAAACUUUAUCCCAGGUUCGAUUAAUGAAUUGAGAGGUUAGGCAAACUAGAGUUGUGGUGUUACCAUGAUUCAUUGUUUGGUUAUUAAUAAUUCGAGAAUCAGUCUACCAAUGUGAUUUUUUUGGUACUUGUUAUUUUCUCGGUUUAUUAUUAAUAUUUUAUUAGUUAGGUACAUGAUUGUUACCUGUUUGUGACCACUAUGCAAUAAUAAUACCAUUUAAAUAGAUACUUCACUGCUAUGCAGUAAUUACUUAUAUUAUUUAAAGUUUUGUAUGUGAUAAUGAAUACCAUACUUUAUAAUCAAAGUAAACAUACAGGAUGGGGUUCACAAGAAACUACAGAUAAAAUUACUUAUUAUUUUCAUUCUUAAUAUAACUAUGUUGUUGUUAAGUGCUAAUAAAUAUACCGGAUGACUUUAUUUCGUAUGAUAAAAAAUGAGUAUAAUAGGUACAUGAAUGUGAUACAAUUGAUAUUAGUCUAAAAAAUAUCAAUAAUUCUGAUACCAAAUAGUUACACCAUUAUAUGAAAUAAUAUGUACCAAAUAGGGAAGGGGAUUGUUAGUAAUAUGGACUAUGGACUAAUAAUCAUAUUGCUAGCAAUGGACUAUGUCAGGAUGACCUCCACGCGGUUCCCCUUGGAAGCCAUCGUGGUAAAUUGCCAUUUGCCAAGAUGCGCUAACUGACCUGACUUCAUGCAAAUUUUAUCAUCCUUCACUGGUGGUCCGCUAUCGUAAACCAUUAGCACAGAAGGGUACAACAUUCCAUUAUCCUCCAUAAUUAAAUAGGUACCAAUUAAUCAGACAAGAAAUUUCAACCCACAAGCAAAAUGAACCAAGUCUGCAGAAAUAAUAAAAUCAGUUCUAUCC